AUCCAAUUCAAUUGGCAAUUGACUAGCAAACUACGAAAAUGUCUGAUAACGAUAAAUACUCUACUCCAUUAUCUUCAAGAUAUGCAUCUGAAGAAAUGUCCAAGAUCUUCUCCUUGAGAAACAGAUUUUCAACCUGGAGAAGAUUAUGGUUGAACUUAGCCAUUGCUGAAAAGGAAGUUGGUUUGAGUAUGAUCACUGAUGAAGCAAUUGAACAAAUGAAGAACCAUUUAGAAAUCACUGACAAGGAAAUUGAAGAUGCCGCUAAGGAAGAAGCAAUUGUUAGACACGAUGUCAUGGCCCACGUUCAUGUUUUCGGUAACACCUGUCCUGCUGCUGCCGGUAUUAUCCAUUUGGGUGCUACUUCUUGUUUUGUUACUGAUAAUGCUGAUUUGAUUUUCUUGAGAGAUGCAUAUGAUGUUCUCAUUCCUAAAUUGGUCAAUGUCAUUGACAGAUUAAGUAAAUUUGCUUUGGAAUAUAAGGAUUUACCAGUCUUAGGUUGGACCCAUUUUCAACCAGCUCAAUUGACCACUGUUGGUAAGAGAGCUACUUUAUGGCUUCAAGAGUUAUUGUGGGAUUUAAGAAAUAUGGUUAGAGCCAGAAAUGAUAUUGGUUUAAGAGGUGUUAAGGGUACUACUGGUACUCAAGCUUCUUUCUUGUCUUUAUACCAUGGUGAUCAUGAUAAAGUUGAGGAAUUGGACAAACGUGUUGUUGAAUUGUUAGGGUUUGACACUGUUUACCCAUGUACUGGUCAAACUUACUCUAGAAAGAUUGAUAUCGACGUUAUUGCUCCAUUGGCUUCUUUUGGUGCUACUGCUCACAAGUUCGCUACUGAUAUCAGAUUGUUGGCUAAUUUGAAGGAAAUUGAAGAGCCAUUUGAAAAGUCCCAAAUUGGUUCUUCUGCCAUGGCCUAUAAGAGAAAUCCAAUGAGAUGUGAACGUGUCUGUUCUCUUGCUAGACAUUUAAGUGGAUUGUUCAACGAUGCUGUCCAAACCGCCAGUGUUCAAUGGUUUGAAAGAACCUUGGAUGACUCUGCUAUCAGAAGAAUUUCCUUACCUUCUGCUUUCUUAACUGUUGAUAUUUUAUUAUCUACCAUGUUAAACAUUACCAGUGGUUUAGUUGUCUAUCCAAAGGUUAUUGAAAGAAGAAUCAACUCUGAGUUACCAUUUAUGGCUACUGAAAACAUUAUUAUGGCCAUGGUUGAAAAAGGUGGUUCCAGACAAGAUUGCCACGAAGAAAUCAGAGUUUUGUCUCACCAAGCCAGUGCCGUUGUUAAGCAAGAAGGUGGUGAUAAUGAUUUGAUUGAACGUAUUAAAAAGACUGAAUAUUUCAGACCAAUUUGGGAUGAUUUGGAUAAGCUUUUGGACCCAAGCACUUUUGUUGGUAGAGCUCCUCAACAAACUGAAAAAUUCGUCAAGAAUGAUGUUGCUAAUGCAUUAAAGCCAUUUGAAAAACACAUCACCACUGAAAAUGUCGCCUUAAAGGUUUAGAGUUUUUCUUUAGUUUAUUUCUUGUUUUUAUAUUUUAGGAAUAUAUGAGAUUUGGU